AUGGCUGACGUUAUGGAAGAAAUCGCGGUGGACCCUGAUUUCUACUCUAUGGCCACUGGCUAUGGCACGGAUCCGCAGGACUUUCAGUCGGAGACCACCUCUAUUGCGUCCACAAUCGCGAGGGGACGGUUAGAAAACGGCCGAAGGCCAGUCCACUUCCAGUCUAAGAUCGCUUUCUGA